AUGUAUUCUAUAAGGAGCACAGCUCAGGGUCUGUCAGCUGCUGUGAACACGGGGACACAUAACCUCUAUGGUCAUUAUCCCUAUUUCCUUUGUCUGGAGGACGAGAGUGGCAAGUCCUUCGGAGUCUUCCUGAUGAACAGCAACGCUAUGGAGGUGACGCUGCAGCCGGCUCCAGCGGUAACCUACAGAACCAUUGGAGGAGUUCUGGACUUCUACAUCCUGCUAGGAGACACACCUGAACAGGUGGUCCAUGAGUUCCUGGAGCUGAUCGGCAAGCCAAUGAUUCCUCCAUACUGGUCUCUAGGAUUCCAGUUGUCUCGUUGGGACUACGGCAGUCUAGAUGAAGUCAAGAAAACAGUGGAGAGGAACCGAGCUGUCGACCUGCCAUAUGACAUCCAGUACACUGACAUUGACUAUAUGGAAGAUAAGAAGGACUUCACUUAUGAUGAAGUCAAAUUCAAAGACCUCCCUCAGUUCGCUGAUUACAUGCACGAGAAGGGACAGAAAUACAUUCUUAUAUUGGACCCGGCAAUAGCCAUCAGUAAGAGGAUCAAUGGGCCGUAUGAGGCCUAUGACCGAGGAACACAGAAGAACGCUUGGGUCACUGAGGCUGAUGGGAUAACACCUCUAGUGGGAGAGGUCUGGCCAGGUGUGGCAGUGUUUCCCAGACUACCUAAACCCUUCUCUCCUCCUCAUAUCCUCUUUCUUCCCUCCUCUGUCUAG